AUGACAGGCGAUGAAGAUUUGGAAAUGGAAGGUACAGAGGACCUCGCAUCGGAGCGUAUUGAGCAGGUGAUUGACUGCAGUAACUCACUUGGACCCAAUGAUGAGCAGUAUAGUAGUGAUAAUGACGACGAGCAAAGCACCUCGAAUUUUUCUGACGUUGGUGCACCCACCGUUGUUGAUGACUCAGUAUAUGCUUUACAAGCUCAUGCUCAGGACUGCUUCACCAUUGCUGUCAUAGCAGAACGGUGGUUAGCUUCAGGUGGAGAAGACGACGUUGCUUUUCUCUGGGAUCAACAAGUAUCCGACUGCGACCCAGUGAUAGAGAUUGCGCACAAUGAUUCUGUUACACAUGUUUCUUUCAACAAUCAACAAACACUGCUUGCCACUGCCGAUAUGUCUGGAGAGAUCAUAAUUACUCACUUGUCUGAUCUAUCCAGCCGUGCCAAGCUCAACGAUUGCAAUGACCUGGAGUGGAUGUGUUGGCAUACCACAAGUGACAUUCUUUUCGCUGGUGAUAAAGAUGGCAUGGUCUGGAUGUGGCUCAUUGGACCUUCAGGCGUGGCUCAGUCAAAAGUGUAUAGUGGGGAUGGAUCACCAUGCACAAAUGGACAACUCCUACCUGAUGGAAAACGCUUGAUGGCUGGUUAUGCUGAUGGUGCAGUAAGGUUAUGGAAUCUGAAGGAUGGAACAUUUUCCGUGUUGAAAGUCAAUAGUGCUGUUACUGCUAUUCAUCACCAUGUCAGUAAACCCAUUGGUGCCGUUGGAACUGAAGCGGGCACCGUCCAUGUUAUCAACACUGCUCACUUAGAUCGGCUGACUGCAGCGAUUGAAUUCCCUGCAUUGUCGGAAUCAAAAAAUUCUGACGAGGAACAAGUCAAUGUAGAAUCUUGCGUGGAAUGCAUUCAGUUUGCGCCUUUCAAUUCAUGGUUAGCUGUUGGUCGUAACGACGGCACGCUCUGCAUUUAUGAGACUACGUCCACUACGCCAAGAAGCAUUUAUAGAGCUCCUUCGAGUCAGGCCAUGGUUCGUGCCUUGUGGUCAAUGGAGGGCAACACACCUUUCCUAUGCGUGGGUUCAGUGGACUGUUUUCUAAGGAUAUUCGAUGCUAGGGAUGGAGCACUUUACAAAGAGCUCGGCAAUGGCGCAGACGAAAUUCUCGAUAUGGUGAUUUUGGGGUCGAAUCCUUUGCGAAUAAUGACGGCUGGAAGCGGUGGCAUCAUCCGAAUGACGUACUACCAAAUGUACAGGAACACAACCCUUGGAGAGGCGCUACAGAAAACUCUGGACGACCUCGUGCACGAACAAAUGAUUCCACCCCAGCUUGCUGUCAAAGUUCUUGCUAUUUAUGACAAGGCUAUCAACAAAGCUCUUGCACAAAAGGCUAAAAAUAAGAUGUACUUCAAGGCGAGUUUGUACAAAACAAUGGCAUAUAUGAUGUAUCGGGAGACAACUUUGGGUUCGGCCCUCAGUCGAACCUUGGAUGAAUUUGUCGAAGAAGGCUUGAUAACUCGUCCACUUGCAAUGAAAGUACUCACCACAUUUGAUAAGAACAUAAAUAAAGCGCUGGCAUACCGAGUAAAAAAUAAGGUUCAGUUUAAAGCUGACAAAUUGGUCACCUAUCGAUACUGUGACAACGUGUGGACGUUCGUGAUCAACGGUGUGGAAUUCCGAGAUGUACACCGGUCAAUAGAUCGCACUGUGGAUCGGGUCAAAAUUGUCGCAUGCGAUGGGCGUGCACCAGGACUGGCUGGUACUACUAGUGGAACUGCAUAA